AAUUAAAAGUCACUCCAAGACAUUCUCGACAAGCAACCCCAUCCCUCAUCUCCACCACUUACACAACCUUCACCACUUACGCGGUACUAUCAACAUGCCUCUCUUUGGAGCCUCCCGCCGUGAACCGUCUCCUGAGCCCAUCAGGGAAGAGCCCCCUCGCAAGCACGGUCUUUUCGGUUCCUCUCGCCGUGAACCCUCUCCUCGUCGCGCAUCCCGUCACUCCUCAGGCUCUCACUCCCGCCGGUCCUCUUCUUCCUCGCGCUCCCCCCACCGCCGCAGCACUGGCGGAGGAAACUUUAUCACUCGAAGCUUUGGCCAUGGAAACAGAAACGAGCAUGACCCCGCAGUCCUCGAAGCUCGUGAGCGUGUGCGUAACGCCGAGAUGGCGGAGCGCGAGGCGGACCGCGCACUAGAGGAGGCUAGACUGAGCGUGAGGGAGGCCAGGGAACACGUCAAGAGGCUCGAGGUUGAGGCGAAGGAAGACUCGAGGAGGGCCAAGGUCAAGGAGCACCAGGCCAAGGAAAUGUCAAAGAUGGGACGAUCCCUCGGACGUCACGGAUAUUAAGCUAUUAAUCGAGCAUAGCUAGGAGUUGUUAGGGUGUAGGAUUAGUUUGAUGCAUCUGUAUUAUGACUGUACGAACAGGCAAAAACAUAAACAUACGAUGGAGACUGGAGUUGAUUUGAGCAACCUUAACUCUGCCCUUAUUACAUUUCUAAGCUUCACAAUUAAUAGCGUUACGAUAUGAAAUUGACAUAGAAGUUUUACAAG